GCGGGCCUAAUGGUGUCAAACGCCAAUAUGGCGGCAAUGUUGUCGAUCUGCGAGUACGCCAGUAGCGACGACGACGACGAUGCCACGAAAAAUGAAGAACCCAAGGAGAAUUUCACUAAGCUGCCGCACACGACACAGUCUGUUGUUGCGAUACAGAAAAAAUACCAAUUGAAUGCAGCUCCAGACGUGGCCAUUAAGGAGUCGGUUUGCGGCGUGAAGCCGAUCGACCCUACAAGCAAGGAACUACUGUUUAACCCGAAGUUUGAGAACCUCUUCGCUCCUGUCGUUGGGCCAGAGAACCCUUUCAAAAGUCAGCAACAGAAAGCUGUUAAGAACACCCUGGCUGGUUACGUCGAACCAGCACACGUGAACGACUUCCACUUUGAGUCUCAGAGGCUGACGUUUAACAGCUAUGGUUAUGCGAUCGACCCAACUGCAGACGGAUCCAUGGAUGAGGGCCACAGGAUGGUCGGUACAUCGGAAGGUGCUUCGUCGAGCAGUUCUCUGACAGUGUUUGAAAAGACAAAAGCUCGACCGGGCGACAAAAGGAAGAAAGCGAAGAACAAUGACCCGUCGGACAUUGAUGGUUUUGCGGGACCCUGGGCCCCGUACAAGGACGAGAGACGAAACGUUAAGCCGAGUGAGGAGGAGCAAGAAGAACUGGAUGAAAUUCUUGCAAAAAGGAACAAAAAGGGCCGACGUACAGAGGAUAAGCCGAUGGAAGAGAAGACGGUGUUGCAUAUCAAGGACCCUUACGACUACCAAGGCCGGUCGUUCUUGCACGUUCCACAGGACGUGGGGGUGAACCUGCGCGCGAGCGAGCCCCCCGACAAGUGUUUCCUGCCCAAGCGUCUCAUCCACACGUGGUCGGGCCACUCGAAGGGCCUGUCGGCAAUCCGAUGGUUCCCUCGGUCCGCCCACCUGCUGCUCUCUUGCAGCAUGGACUGCAAGGUCAAGCUGUGGGAGGUGUACAACGAGCGGCGCUGCGUCCGGACUUACAAUGGCCACCGGCAGGCGGUUAGAGACAUUGCCUUUGACAACAAGGGCGAGCGCUUCCUCUCCGCUGGCUACGACCGCUACGUCAAGCUCUGGGACACAGAGACGGGCAACUGCAUAGCAAGGUUCACCAAUCGCAAAGUGGCUUACUGUGUCAAGUUCAACCCUGACAAUGACAAGCAGAACCUGUUUGUCGCUGGCACCUCUGACAAGAAGAUCGUCUGUUGGGACGUCAGGACUAAAGAGAUCGUCCAGGAAUAUGACAGGCAUCUUGGCGCCGUGAACACCAUCACGUUCGUUGACGAUAACCGCCGCUUUGUCUCCACGUCUGACGACAAGAGCAUGCGUGUCUGGGAGUGGGACAUCCCCGUCGACAUGAAAUACAUCGCAGACCCUUCUAUGCACUCCAUGCCUGCUGUCACGCUCUCGCCUAACGGAAAAUGGUUGGCAUGCCAAUCAAUGGACAACAAGAUCAUGAUUUUCUCGGCCCUCAACCGUUUCAAGUUGAACCGGAAAAAGACUUUUGAGGGACACAUGGUUGCCGGGUACGCAUGUAGUUUGGACUUCUCACCAGACAUGAGCUACUUGAUAUCCGGUGACGCUGACGGGAAGCUGUAUGUUUGGGACUGGAAGACAACAAAGUUAUACACCAAGUUCAAGGCCCACGAUGCUGUUUGCAUCAGCGCGUUAUGGCAUCCACAUGAAACGUCAAAGGUGGCCACUGCUGGCUGGGACGGCACCAUCAAGUUCUGGGACUGAGCACUUUGCAAAACAUAGCUGUAAAUAAAAUCACUGUACCAUAACAAGAAACUGUAAAA